AUGAACACUCCGCCCGACCCUCGAAAAUCGGUGGUGCUCCGCCUCUUCGUGGAUCAAGAUCAAUCCUCGGGUGUCGAUACUUUCCCCGAACGCCACAUUACAUUGCACGACGGCAGGGACGGCGGGAGCAGCAUCACAAUCGGACGGGCUUCCAAGCUCUCCACUAAAGGCUUUAUCGCCAGUGCCGAAAACGCUUGGUUUGAUAGUCCGGUGAUGUCAAGACUACACGCCCGACUAUCGGCCAAGCUGGAUGAUAGGGUACAUUGCCACACAUUUUCAGUUUAUAUCGCCAUACUAACUGCCGAACAGAAGAUUGAGAUCAAGGAUCUUGGCUCGCUGCACGGAACAUUCCUGAACGAUGACCAGCAUCUUUCGGCCCAUGACCCCGUCGAAUUACGUCAAGGUGAUGUUCUACGAUUCGGUGCGCCGAUCUGGCGGGGCAACGAACAAUUCGUCCCGAUCGUGGUCAAGGUCGACUUCCAAUUUUACACGCCUGACGGCGGCGCCUGCACCUUCCAAGUGCCUGACGAGUCUGACGAUGAGGACCUCGAUGAUUCCCAAUCCGACCACAGCGUUGAGAUGAUAACUGCCAAUGCUUACGAUGCCGUGACAAAGAGCAUAAUGUCCGCCUACGCCGCCGCCACGUGUGAGGAUUUGGUCAUUGAUUUGGCCGGCCCAUCUACCAGCCAGUCACCCAGAUAUGACUCCAGCUUGCCAGUCCCGUGUGACUCUCAGGCUCACAUCCAUGACGUCCGGGAGCCAGCAAACUUCGUCGAGGGGCAAGAUGAAACGGCAGAUGAUGUCAUCGAUGAUUCAACGACUGACUAUAAGUUUGGAGGCCCCGUGGCCAACGAGAAUCUGGGAGACAGAACUCUCCAUUCCGACGACAUGACGGAUCUUGAAUCAAACGAAUCCCCGAAUAUGGAUGUAGAUCACGCCUGGUAUGGAACUGUGGAGCAAGACGAUGAUGAAGACGCCGAGCAAGACGAUGAUGACCAGGACGCCGAGCAAGACGACGAAGACGAUUACCCAGACGAACAGUCGGAUAGCCAGAUGGAUAGCCUUGAAAGCCAGAGUGCCGAAGACAUGAUCAGCAUCAUCUCAGACGGCGAUUCCCACCGAUCUGAGGCGUCGGACUUGUCGGACGACGACAGUUUAGGCCUGGAGUCUAGGAACGAUUUCACUUCCUGGGAAGAAAUGUCAGGCACAUCUCGAGCUCCGCACUUUCCAGAAAUCAUUCGGUUGAUCGACUCUAUGUCGUCAUCCCCGCACCCACCGCGCCAGACUGUCGCCGGGACCAACACCGUCUCCAGCAUCGACUGGCUACUGAACAGCGAAAAGCCACGGAUGUCAAGUCCAAUAGUGGCUUGGGAGGAGCGAAUAACUCCACCAGAUUCUUCCCCGGCAAUUAUGACACGUCUCUGGACUGGGGGGGUCGACGAUUCCCAGCCGGGAGGCGAGAACAAGAUGACUCUCGAGGCGCAAAAGGCCGAACGCUCGCGACCGAUAUCGGUCAGAGACCUUUGCAACAAUGAAGAGCCUGUGGAUAGGCCAGGAAACUACGUGAACCACGUGCCGCGCGUACUCCCGCCAUUGGGGCAGAAGCAAGUAGCGCAGACUGGAACGAACGAAAAGGGUAACGACCGCAAGGCAAAGCGAAAAGCGGAAGAUAUUUCGACCACCACCGAUGCUGAGGAGCGGUGGGCUGGUUCCGUAUCUGAGAUACCGCCACUGAAUCCGCCCGUCGAUGAGACGAACACGCAGCCCGAGCCCCCAGCGGAGACCGUUCAAGAGGUUAUUACAUCGACGGGCCACGAUGGCGAGCAUCCCACGAUCGGAGAACCGGAGACUCAAGAUAGACCGGUGAAAAGAGCGCGCAUGAUGCGUGUUGCCGAGCGUCUGGGAUAUGCCGCUCUUGGUGGUGUCACGGCUGGAGCCAUGAUAGUUGGCACGCUUAUCUACACGGCCCCCACUUUCGGUUGA